UGGAUCGCCGCGCCUAGGCACACCGUGCAGCAGAGGCAGGAGCGCACGGUUCACGGCGGAAGGGGAGAUGCUCAUCGAGCCAAACUGACCAUUGCAGCCCCGGGGCCAGUGGCAUCUGUCUCUGGGUCCUUCCUAGGAGCGCUACCCGCGCUGUCUCCUUGCAGGAGCCCGCGUUUCCUCGGCUUUGAGAGGUGUCUCUCCCCAGACCCACCGUCCAGAUGCGUUUUCGCCUCUUCUCUUUUGCCCUCAUCAUUCUGAACUGUAUGGAUUACAGCCAGUGCCAAGGCAACCGAUGGAGACGCAAUAAGCGAGCUAGCUAUGUAUCAAAUCCCAUUUGCAAAGGUUGUUUGUCUUGUUCAAAGGACAAUGGAUGCAGCCGAUGUCAACAGAAAUUGUUCUUUUUCCUCCGAAGAGAAGGGAUGCGCCAGUAUGGAGAGUGCCUGCAUUCCUGCCCGUCAGGGUACUAUGGACACCGAGCCCCAGAUAUGAACAGAUGUGCAAGAUGCAGAAUAGAAAACUGUGAUUCUUGCUUUAGCAAAGACUUUUGUACCAAGUGCAAAGUAGGCUUUUAUUUGCAUAGAGGCCGCUGCUUUGAUGAAUGUCCAGAUGGUUUUGCACCAUUAGAUGAGAGCAUGGAAUGUGUAGAAGGAUGUGAAGUUGGUCAUUGGAGUGAAUGGGGAACAUGUAGCAGAAACAACCGCACAUGUGGAUUUAAAUGGGGUCUGGAAACCAGAACACGACAGAUUAUUAAAAAGCCAGCAAAAGACACAAUCCCAUGUCCAACCAUUGCAGAGUCCAGGAGAUGCAAGAUGGCUAUGAGGCACUGUCCAGGAGGGAAGAGAGCACCAAAGGCAAAGGAGAAGAGAAACAAGAAGAAGAGAAGGAAGCUGAUUGAAAGAGCCCAAGAGCAGCACAGCGUCUUCCUCUCUACAGACAGAGCAAGCCAAUAAAAGAAAAGAAAUAGUUGGGGCAUUUUGAGGGUUUUUGUUUGUUUGUUUGUUUUUGUUAUUUGUAUUGCAAAAGUGCACAAAGCUACUCUCCAAUCCACACUGGCAGACAGCAUUCCUACUGCUCUGACCAGUAUCCAUUUUCAGUAACGUUUUGAAGGGAAGUGCCCAAGCAUG